CGGAGCAGCUUUGAAAGUUGAGGCAACCGGAGGUCAUGGCGGCUUGGCGGGGCUUGGCGAGUGCGCUGCAGCCCUGGUGUCCGAUGGACCUCAGCCCGGAAUGGGUGGGCACAGUAUGGGAGCUGGAAUUCACGGAGACUGAGCCUCUGGAUCCCAGCAUAGAAGCAGAGAUCGUGCAGACUGGACUGAGUGCAUUCAUAAACCUCUAUGAUAGUCUUUUCCCUUUUGCUGCUGAAGAGCAUGGAGCUACAGAGAGCAUUUGGACCUUCUUCAUGGAGAACAGCAUUUCCCACAAUGCACUGAUGGCCUUGUUCCAUCACUUCGUUCAGACUGUCCUUAAGAAAAAUGUCAGCGUCCAGCAGCGGGAAUUUGGCCUUUAUGCCGCUGGGCUUUAUUUUCUGCUACUGGAAGUACCAGGCAGUGUAGUCAAUCAAGUUUUCCACCCAGUGAUGUUUGACAAAUGUGUUCAGAUUCUAAAGAAGAGCUGGCCUCAGGAAUCCAGCUUGAAUCAGAAAAGAAAGAAAGAACAAUCGAAGAAUGCUCAGGCCAACCCAAGGGAGAGUAGGAAGAGAGGAAGGCCACCUAGGAAAGAAGAGAUGGAGAUGGAUGAAAUUAUUGAAGAACAGGAGGAUGAAGAGACUAUUUUUUUUUCUUCCCGAGACCUUUGUCAAAUUCGAAAUGCUAUCUUUCACGUUUUGAAGAACUUUUUAAGGCUUCUGCCCAAAUUUUCCCUGAAAGAAAAGCCUCAGUGUAUACAGAAUUGUGUAGAGGUCUUUGUUGCAUUAACUAAUUUUGAACCAGUUCUUCACGAAUUUCAUGUUACACAAGCCAGAAACCCUAACCAAGCGAAAUGCAUACCAGAACUGGCCUAUCAUGGAUUGUAUUCGCUGUGCUCCCCAGUUCACAGAGAAGGAGAUAAGGUUAUCAGAUGUGUUUUCCAUCGAAUGCUCUAUGUUAUAUUAAUGCUAGAAGUGGGCGAAGGCUCCCAUCAUGCCCCUCUUGCCAUCACUUCUCCGACCAUCAGUGGUAAAAACCUGGCAGUCCAGUUUAUCAGUUCGCUUGUGGAUGAACUAAAAGAAAGUAUGUUUCCAGUCCUUCGUAUCUUACUCCAGCAUAUCUGUGUCAAGGUGGUUGAUAAAUCCGAGUACCGGACCUGUGCAGCUCAGUCCCUGGUCCAGCUGCUCAGCAAGCUUCCUUGUGCGGAAUAUGCUUCUUUCGUGGCCUGGCUUUACGGAUAUUCACGAAAUGCCAAGAUCUCAUACCGGGUGUUCACUCUCGAUGUUGCCUUGGCUCUGCUGGAACUGCCUGAACGAGAGGUGGACAGCACGCUGCCCCUGGAGCAUCAGAAGUUCCUGAAGCAUAAGUUCUUGGUGCAGGAAAUCAUGUUUGCCCGCUGUGUAGACAAGGCCCCGACUGUGCGCAGCAAGGCGCUGUCCAGUUUUGCGCAUUGCCUGGAGCUCUCGGCCACAGCUGCCUCGGAGAGCAUCCUGGAGCUUCUGGCUGACACUCCUGCAGUUUCAGGAAUAGAGAGCCACCAUGACACUUCACUGAAAAAUUCAUCAGCUUUUUCCUAUCAGAGGCAGACACUUAACCCAUCUGGAGGCUCAGAGGUGACCAAUAUAGACAGCAGUGGUGAAACAGCUGGAUCCAGGGGAAGGGGUCUCAUGACGAUGCUGAGGAACAGGGUCAGGGAUGAGAAAACCAAUGUCAGGAAGUCUGCACUCCAGGUCUUAGUGAACAUUUUGAAACACUGUGACGUCUCAGGUAUGAAAGAAGAGCUGUCCAUCCUGCAGGACCGGUGUCGGGACCUCGCUGUGUCUGUCCGCAAGCAAGCCUUGCAGUCUCUCACUGAGCUUCUUAUGGCCCAACCUCGGUGUGUCCAGAUACAGAAGGCCUGGCUCGGUGGGGUCGUGCCGGCUGUGAUGGACGGUGAGAGCACCGUGCAGGAGAAGGCCCUGGAGUGUCUGGACCAGCUCCUGCUGCAGAACAUCAGGCAUCACGGUCAGUUCCACUGCAGGGAUGACAGCCAGGUGCUCGCCUGGACGCUGCUGACACUGCUGAGUGCAGAGAGCCAGGAGCUAGGCCGCUAUUUAAAUAAGGCUUUUCAUAUCUGGUCCAAGAAAGAUAAGUUCUCCUCCACUUUUGUAAACAACGUGCUCUCUCACACUGGCAAGGAGCACUGUGCCCCGGCCUGGAUGCUGCUCUCCAAGGUUGCUGGCUCGUCACCCACGCUGGACUACACCCAGAUCAUGAAGUCCUGGGAGAAAAUGAGCAGGCAGCAAGACCCCAAUGCAGACACCUUAGGGCACAUCCUCUGUGUUAUCGGGCAUAUUGCAAAGCAUCUUCCUCAGAGCACCCGGGACAAGGUGACAGAUGUUAUCAAGAGUAAACUAAAUGGAUUCUGGUGGUCACCAAAGUUGAUUAGCCCAGCUGUUGAUACUUUGCAAAGACUCUGUAGAGCAUCUGUGGAGACACCAGCGGAGGAGCAGGAAUUCCUGGCGCAGGCAUGUGGGGACGUGCUCUCCACCUGCGUGCGCUGCCUCUCCGACAUAGUUCUGAAGGAGGACGGGACUGGGAGGAUGCACGAAGACCUGGUGGUGAAGUACAUUUUCACCUUAGGAGAUGUAGCCCAGCUCUGUCCAGCCAGAGUGGACAAGAAAGCCUUCCUGCUGAUCCAGUCCAUCCUGGCUGCUUCUGCCAGUGCGGAGCAUUUGACCUCGUCGGACCCAGGUGGCAGUGAGGCUGCAGCCUCCCAGCCCCUCUCCCAGGUCCGGGCCUCUGUCAUGCCCUCCAUGAUCAGAGCACACGCCGUCAUCACCCUGGGGAAGCUGUGCUUACAGCACGAGGAUCUCGCAAAGAAGAGCAUCCCGGCCCUGGUGCGGGAGCUGGAGGUAUGCGAGGACGUGGCCGUCCGCAACAACGUCAUCAUUGUCCUGUGCGACCUCUGCGUCCGGUACACGGUCAUGGUGGACAAGUACAUCCCCAACAUCUCCGUGUGUCUAAAGGACUCGGACCCGUUCAUCCGCAAGCAGACACUCUUCUUGCUCACCAACCUCCUGCAGGAGGACUUCGUGAAGUGGAAGGGCUCCCUGUUUUUCCGGUUUGUCAGCACACUGGUGGACUCGCACCCAGACAUCGCCAGCACCGGGAAGUUCUGCCUGGCCCACCUGCUGCUGAAGAGGAAUCCUGCCAUGUUUUUCCAGCACUUCAUCGAGUGCAUCUUCCACCUCAGUAGCUAUGAGAAGCACGAGAAGUACAACAGGUUCCCCCAGUCAGAGAGAGAGAAGCGUCUGUUCUCCCUGAAGGGGAAGACAAACAAGGAGAAGCGGAUGACAAUCUACAAGUUCCUCCUGGAGCACUUCACAGACGAGCAGCGGUUCAACAUCACUUCCAAAAUCUGCCUCAGCAUCCUGGCGUGCUUUGCAGAUGGCAUCCUACCCCUGGACAUGGAAGCUAGUGAGCUGCUAUCAGACACGUUUGAGGUGCUCAGCUCAAAGGAGAUCAAGCUGCUGGCUAUGAGGGCUAAGCCGGACAAGGACCAGCUCGUGGAGGAGGAGGACCUGGCCUUGGCCAAUGUGGUCAUGCAGGAGGCACAGAAGAAGCUCAUCUCCCAGGUUCAGAAGAGGAAUUUCAUAGAAAAUAUUAUUCCAAUUAUCAUCUCCCUGAAGUCUGUACUAGAGAAGAAUAAGAUCCCAGCUCUGCGGGAACUCAUGCACUAUCUCAGGGAGGUGAUGCAGGAUUACCGAGAUGAAAUCAAGGAUUUCUUUGCGGUUGACAAGCAGCUGGCCUCAGAGCUUGAGUAUGACAUGAAGCGGUACCAGGAGCAGCUGGCGCAGGAGCAGGAGCUGGCAAGGCAGGCCAACGCAGACAGGGCAGCUGCGGGCGCCGAGGGGGCGCAGCCCGGGCAGCAGGCUGUUCCAAGUUUGGAAACAACGCCAGCUCCUGCCAACCGAGAAAAUGGCACCAUGGCCACCGCCGCCAGCCAGCCGUCCACAUCCAGGCCCCGCGCUGCCCAGAUGCCUGCAUCUCUGUCCCUGGACACUGGGCCGCUGAAGAGGCUGGUGCCCAAAGCCAGGCCCAUGUCACCGAGCACCAUCGCCAUCCUGAAUUCCGUCAAGAAGGCCGUGGAGUCGAGCGGUCGGCAUCGCAGCCAGAGAGGGGGGCUGCUGCCCUUCACCCUGUGUGCCGAAAGCCCCGGCGAACCCAGCGACCGUGCGUCCUCACAGGGCUUGGAGCAGGAGUCCAGUGGAGCUAUUGACCUUGUAACUAAACGGGCGAUCAGCACCCCUGAGCGGACCAUCCAGAAUGUCACAUUCGGAGCGGGACUGAGCUACAUUAGCUCACCUCGGACACCGUUUCCUAUCAAAGGCCAGUGCCCCCCAGCCAGAUCCACGAGCCGGGCCAGCACCCCAGGAAGUCUGGGGGUGUCGGAAGCCCCGGGCCAGGGGGACAACGUUCUGUGUCUGUCACUGCCCGACAUGCCACCCACAUGGGCCUUCUUGUCAGUCCUCCCUCCCGCAUGGAACCUUCCUCUGCAGGAUGGCAUGGACAUUCUGGGUACAGUUACCAACCAGCUGAUUUUCUUGAAGAGAAGAUCAAGUUGGUACAUUGACCACCUACGAAAUGUCAUUCUUCAGCUACUUGGCCUCUAGGAAACCAUGUCAGCCCCAGAGAAGACCUUCCUACACUCACCCUCAUUAAGGUCCCUGGACCUCAGUUACUACACCAGGUAAGAAAAUGUGAAGGCUUGUACUCUGAGCUGCAGGUCACAACAAUCCAUUCUUUUGUUUUUAAAUCUUAUUUAAUGGUUCAGCUACAUGUAAUACAUUCCAAAUACUGUAUAUGUUUUGAUGCUUUCUGUCUUAUUUAGUAAGACUUCAUUAAUUACAGCAGAAGCCUUAAAGAAUUUAAUACUAGGGAUGAAAAUCAGAAGUAUAAUAUAUCUGAGUGUCAUUAGUUUCUAAAACAGUCACUUCUACAAAAGGUAACAGAUCCAGGACAAGCAGUGCUUGCUUUGUUUUGUUUUGUAACCAUGCACUACUCCUUUUAGGGAAACCCACCCACACGCAUGCAGCACUUUCUACUCCUCCUUCCAUCUGGAAGCCCCCAGGCACCCCCUAACAGAGUAACACAAGAUGCUCUGAGUAUCUACCAAGGCCACAUAGGUUCCCUCUAAGGAAAGUGACCUCAGACAGUCCUUUGAGUGCGAUCACUGUAAUUUAGGUGAUGAGACACCAACACUGUGGUCCCAAAUGACUGUGACCAGCAACCAGCUUCCGACCCAAAGGCCAUUUAGGGGCCUUAGAGGUAAGUCAUGAGAGCUUUGCCCAACUGGAUAAUUACAGGACAACCCAAUCUGAGCCUUUCUUUUGAGAAGUGUAAAGCUGAGAGAAAUAAGAGAAUAAUAAACUAGAGUUUACAGUCACAGGAGAAACAGUUGAAGUAGAGCCUGAGGAUGCAGAGCUGGCAACAGACGAGCCAGGGGACAGGAAGGGGGACACUGAGGUUACUCCAGGGUCUACAAAGGUCAGAUUUCCACAGGGGCUGACUCUUCACAAUAAACCUGUAAGGUAAACCAAGCCAACUUGUUUCUUACAACCUAAAAGAAGCUAAGGUAACAUAGCCCCAGAUGAUGGACAUAAUCACCUCUUUUCUCCCCCUACACUGCAGGUAAGUGGAUGUGCCCCAAGGCCCAACUCCCUCCUGCCCAAGCACCUGAGUCAGUGCCACAGCCACUGCUAUGCCAGUUCUAGACAACAGGGUGUCUCAGAAAGCGCCAGGACCACACAAGCAUGUGCAGAGCUAGUGGAAGUGCACAGCAGCCAGGCCCUGGGUCUGCCGAGGCCCCACACCGAGUCUGUCCUCAGCAUUUCCUUCUGCUCCUAAGCAGUUCUUAAACAUAGAAACACUCCUUACUUUGCCAAGGUUCCCACUUAAAAUAUAGUAGUAAGUUGUGUAUCAGAAUAGUGUUGUGAGGAUUGGAAGCCAAGGAUCAAACGCUUGAAGACAUGGUAGGUAAUUCCUCCAGAUACAAUCCAGUGCGUGGGCAUGAGGUUCUGACACAAGCCAGCCUCCCAGUGCUGUGGGAAUACAUGGAGGUUGCAUUAUGUAAGACUGAGCAAAGGGUUUUUGGAAGAAGAAAAAUGGGUAAAAUCCGUUACAGCAUCCUAUCACACGUAGUUGUUCCUCUUCCAUUUCAUACCCAACCUUGGCUUGCCUACCAGACUCUAAGCUCUUUGGGACAGUCCAGUCUUUCAGCAAUUUUUUAUUUAUUGCCUUUUUAAGCCAGAUACUGGCCUAAACAUGAGGGAUAAUAUAUGAAUAAAAGAGAAAAAUCUGUGCCCUCAUGGAGCUUACUUUCUAUAACAGUACAAAGAAACAAGUAUCCUAAGUACUCAUCUUCAUAUUUUCAAAUCUAGUGUAGAAUGGCAUUUAAUAGGGACUCCAAAAGUGUCUGCUGAAUAAAUUAAUGUGCAUUUUUUAUAUUCUAGACUGGAUCUCCUUGAAUUUUCCAGAAAAUCAUUUAGCUGAAUUCAGUUUGUUCAUAGAGCUGUAAUGCGGCUACUCUUUCUCAUCUUGCCCAGGAAUCCAUUAUUAAAUCUUGGACCUGGAAUCUAAGAUAUAUGUAGUUGUCUGUUUCUAAUCAAAACCUCCGAACCAAAUGUAAGACUCCUCUGGAGGCAGGUGUGGUAAGUUCCAAGUAUACUGUGUUCAUUUAAUGUGACCUUCACCCAGCCUACCCCAAUAGGUUACAUCCUACGUGAUUAUAGCACAAUAUCAAAAACAGAAAACUGACGUGUGUACGGUAUAUGUGGAUAGUUGCACAUCAUUUAUCACAAGCGAAGUUUCCUGUAAUCACCACUGCAAUCAAGACACAGACCUCUUCCAUCACCAAAGACCUCCCUCCUGCAGCCCCUCACCAUCCCUCACUCCUGGCAGCUGUUGUCCCCAUUGCCAUAAUUCUGUCAUUUGGAGAAUGCGAUAUAAAUGGAAAUACACAGUCGGUGGCCUUUUGAGGCUUUUUCAUUCAGAAUAAAGCCUUUUA